AAUAUAAAUAUUUUAGGAUGUCAGCAUCACAGUCUUCAGCUGAAAGCUCACAACCUUCCUCAGCAAGUGAUGACCCCUUGCCAAUCCCAACAUGAAUUGGAAAGACCAGGACGUGGAGGAUACAGGUGCUCCUGACCCAAGAACCACCUCUUUCCACCCUGCACGGGAGCCAGGUGUCCAGCUGGGACGUUUACUGAGAUUUGGAGCCAGAAUGUUAAAGGAGCCUGCUGAUUUUUUUAAACUGUUUUUAACGGAGGCAAUUGUGUUUUCAAUCUGCGUUGCAACAAACCACCAUUCCCAAAUGCUUAUAGACAAAGGAGGGAGAUCAUCUAAUUCUCCUCAUGGGACUUGGGAUCCUCUUACUUCAGAAAAAUUAUAUGGUUAUGUGAUUGUAUGUGAAGAUUAG